AUGUUAUGUGAUAUGUUGCUGUUUUUGGCAUGCUGCCUCUUCGUGAGUCCAAUUUGGGCUUCUCCCACGGAUAAACCAGUUCUCGACUUCAGGAAAAUGUACCCGCCAGACCCUCCAUCAUCGACCAAUGUGCUGAUGGGGUUCAGGUUCUACGACGAGCAUCUGCAGAAGAAGAGGACCGUGGACGUUGCUAUUAAGUUGUUCGACUCCGUCGUGCCCAAGACGACUAAGAACUUCCGCACAAUUGCCAAGGGUGUCCAUGUGGUGACAGACCCCACUAAGGACCCGAUCAAAGUUAUCUACAAAGGUCUCAAGCUGCAGAAGGUUAUCCCUGGCGACAGGUUGGAAAGUUUCGGUGUCUUUGAGGACCCGCAGACUUUCUGCAUCUACGGGUCACAAUUCGAGGAUGAGAAUUUCUCAAUCCUACACGACAGACCCGGUAGAGUGUCGAUGGUGAACCAUGGGGAGGACAGCAACGAGUCCCGUUUCAUGAUCGACUUGAACAUCAACGGCUCGAACGAGAGAAACGGGAAGAACGUCGUGUUUGGACAGGUCAUUUCCGGAUUGGACGAUUUGAUUAAAGCGAUGAGCGCAGUGAAACUAGAGGAGAACCGUAAACCGAUGCACGAUAUCGAGAUUGCGUACUCUGUCGUUGACGAGUUGAAAAUUAGCAACAUCGCGGACUUGGAACAAGCGUACAAGGAGGACCUCAAGGCGUACAACGACGGACAACUGUUCAGAGGUGUUAGCCUGGGUAACCACAACGACGUCUUCGAGAAGAGUCAGGACAUGGCGGACGCCAAGUUUCUAGAGUUGAACCACCCGCUAACGAGAAUUGCUCUCUUGGGUCUUGUGCUCGGGGUGUUUUACCUUUUCAUGCAGCACAAGGGAGAUGUUAUGAAAUGGAUUACCUCUACCACGAAAAGCAUGAAACAGGACUCUGCUAGAGUAAACUAA